UAAAGACUACAACUCCCAGAGUGGUGAUCGCACGCUCCAGUUUACACUGGCCAACCGAAAGUUUGUGUUCAGUGCAGGAAACUCGGUCUCUUGCCGCUUGCCCUUCAUCGUGACACGAUGCCCGAAGGCCCCGAACUGCACUUGGCCAGCCUGUUUGUGAACAAGGUCUGCACCGGCCUUGUGUUCACUGGGGCCGUGCAGAAGUCUGCGAUCAGUAAAUGUCCCGAAGUGCCCUUUGCAUCUGACGCAUACAGCAUCACUGCCAUCUCCCGUGGGAAGGAGGUCCGACUGACCCUGAAGCCCAUCCGGGCUGGGAAGGUUAAUCGUGGUGUGGCUCAGACCAUGGAUGUGGUCUUCCGUUUCGGAAUGUCGGGUUACUUCUCCUUCAAUAAGGUGGAGGAGUUACCCAAACACGCCCAUCUGCGCUUCUACACCAAAGAGAAAAUUCCCAGGGUGCUGAGUUUCGUGGACCACCGCCGGUUUGGCAGCUGGCAGCCCAAUGGAACCUGGCAGGCAGAGAGAGGGCCUUGUGUAUUGCUGGAGUAUCAGCAGUUUCGGCUCAACGUCCUAUCACACCUGUCAGACCGUGCAUUUGAGAAGCCCAUCUGUGAGGCUUUGCUCAACCAGAAGUACUUCAAUGGUAUAGGGAAUUAUCUACGAGCUGAAAUCCUUUACAGACUAAGCAUCCCACCGUUCGUCAAAGCGAGGAGUGUUCUUGAGAGACUUCAAACGAAGGAAGUACCCGAGGAUGACUGGAAGCUCAGUGAAGAUGAGGUGACUUAGAAUUUUAAAAGAAGGAAUGUUUUGUAAUGUUGACAGUACUCUCUGUCAGCUCUCCAAACAUCUUGUUUUCUCUCCCAGGUGCCCAACGAGAAGUUUAGGACAGAAACAGCUGACCUUCUGAGCUUGUGUCACACUGUUCCGAUGGAAGUGAUAAACCUAAGUGAGAAGGGAUACCAACCAGCCAAGAAAGAUUACUCUAUCCUUAUGGCAUGGAUGCAGUGUUACUCAGUAGAAGGCAUGAUGUCACUGAGAGACCACAAUGGCAGAACGAUCUGGUUCAAGGGUGAUGCUGGUCCCAUGGCACCUAAAGGACGCAAGUUGGCAAGAACCAAAAAGAGAAAACUGAAAGACGAAGACGACGACAAUGGGGAGAAUAAAGGCAACAGGGUUGUCAAAGACAAGCAUUCAAAAAAAGUCAGAAAAGGAAGGAAGGGAAAUCCGGGAAAUGAGUGUAAAAAGGCAGAGGUUAAGCAGGAAAGCCGGCAAUGGCGAAUCGCUGAGAACCAACCUGGAGUGAGCCGGCAAAGUGUCCGUCGGAGUGCCCGGAUCAAGCAGGGCGGCGGCCCAGCGGGACCAGCCGGUGUUGCCGGGGGGGAAGUGCGUCAGGACCUGGGAUCCAUCUAGGCCCUCCCAAAAGAAGGUGUUAUGCUGGGGAGAAGGAAGCCACAGUUUUUUGUCAAUCCGUCAGAACUCCGGAUAUCAUGUCACAGAGUAUCAAACGUACAAAUGUACUAUACAUUUGCUAAAAAAAAUACCCUCUAUAGUUAUGUGUCACUUUACGUCGGGGAUAUUUCUGAGAAACGUGUCGUUAAUCAAUUUUGUUGUUGCACGAACAUCAUACUUACACAGGAUUAGAUGGUAUAACCUACUAUACAACUAGGCUACAGUAAACUUCUGUUUUUACAGUGUACACUCUGAAAUAACAUACAAUAUACUGAUAUAGUGCAAUAUAUAGUAAAUCUAGUAAAUACAUAAACCAGUAACAUAGUUGUUCAUUCUCAAGUAUUAUGUAUUGUUCAUAAGUGUAUGUGCUACAGUUUAAUAUGACUGGCAGUACAGUUAGUCUGUUUACACCAGCAUCCCCACAAACACAUCAGCAACAUGUUGUGCUACGACGUCACUAUGCGAUAGGAAUUUUUCAACUGCUUUAGGGUAUAAUGUUAUGGGAUUACCGCCAUAUAUAUGGUCUGUCAUUGACUGAAACACUGUUGUGCGGAGCCUGACUGUAUUUAAUAAUUAGAAUUUUAAGAAUAUUGAUUCGUCAAAGGCUGGAUAAUAAAUGAUGAAUGAAGACCGUAAUGUGUGUCACAGCCCCUAUGACCACUGUACUGGGCAGCUCUCUCACAGGGAACGUGUUGACCAGAUUCCAGCUGAGCUUCUGAGUCAGGAAUCGUGUGAUUCCACUGCCGCGCAUCAUCUGAGGGAGCUGUGCAGAAUAUCCGAAAGUGUCCGGAAGCCAGAACUGCAAAGGACAGUGAGGAGGGACGUUUACCGAAGAAGACAAUAAUGAGGACGGGAAAAAGAAACUCGUUGCAUUAAAAAGUUGUGUUUCGGGAUGCUAGGAAGCUCCUUCCCUCUGAGCUAAAGCAGCAGGAAGCAAAAGAGUCAUUCUGCCUCAAUCCACAACGAUGAUUAUAACUGAUGUCCCUACCGCUAAUGUGCAAUGCACGCCAAACUCCUGCUGGAAGAAGCGCUGGCCCUCCAGAAACUGGCGAACCAUGGACUCUCCUGAAGGCAGGUUGCCGUCCUGCAGUGACAACAGCACAGUUCCUCCAACUACGAUAAACCGGCCGCUCUCCACAAAGGUCUUGAUCUGAGCAAACAGUCCUGGGUACCAGUCUUUCACCCACUCAAACUGCUGGGCCUUGAGAAGAAGCACACAGGGUAGAGAAAUGAGAAGAGCCAUGGUGGGAAUGACUGGGGGAGCCCAUGCCAUUACAUUCUACGGCACCUGUGAACAGGUGAAAACGAAGUCGGGAUUCUUCUCCAUCAGGCGGAUCACGGUCACCCAGCUACGGGCACAUUUUCGGAUCGUCUCCUCGUACGGCCAGAGCCAGGCUGUGAGGAAAACGGGAGACAUUGCAAUCAUAACUUAUAACGAAACUUUCUCCUGGUUCUGUACUGCAUUUAGCUCUCCACAAUGACCGUUUUAUAACUAGCCAGCUGACGUGUAGCCCCAUCAAUUCAUUUUCAUAAUAGCAUGGCACAAUCAGCUCAAAGGAAGGAAGCAGCCAUGAUUUACCACUAUUAUAUACAUGCCCUGCCUCUUUCCAGCUUGAGGAAACCACACCUGAGUCGAUAUGACAAUGGCCCAUGGCAUGGACAGUGUGCUGACUUUGCCCGUUCCUCUGGCUGAAGAACCUCAGGGCCAGGCAGCGAGCCGCAGGGUAGGAGGAGGGGUCGGCUGGGUCACAGACAUUCACCAUUUCAUUUACUGUGAAUAAUGCCUGGUAGCCCCGCUGGUCAGCCUCCCCGAGCAUCUGAUAACACAUGGAAAAACAAGAAAAAACCCCAAAGGUGUUUAACAGGCACACACAAGCUACCUCUAUCCCUUCCAAAGGAAAAAUUUGGCACUAAUAUUAUAGCAAAAUAGUUAAGGGUAAGCAGUCUUAAAGGUGUGAGAAUAGUGUAGAGGGGGCACAUGAGAUCAACUGCUGUGCAAUAAAAGUAAAGCAGACAAUAUGUGGAAGGCUGUGCAUAAAAGGGGUGUUCUAGACCUUUACGACGUCAACGAGCAUCUCAAAGUCUGUCAGCAGCUCUCUGGUAUCACGGUUAAACACAACCAGCUCCGCACUUUGCAGGGUGUACAUCUUGUUGGGGUCAGGGGCUGCGAUCAUGGACCCCUUCCCAGCCCCAAACAGGCCAUUACAAGCCAUCUCUACAUAGAGGGUGAGACUGAGAGACAGAUAGAAAGAGAGAGAGAGGUUUAAAGAAUGUACCGCAAAUCCACGCUACCUGCACAGGUACUCAUCCACUGCCAUGUUUGUGUCUGAGGAGCACUCACCUGUGAGGUUCCUCAUUCUUGAGGCUUGUGGUCAAGACAUAGCUAGUCUUCUCACCCUCCUUUGUUAGCCCCUAUGAUUCAGAUAUAAAAUGAUUUACACUAGAGCUACAAAUCAAUAAUAAAACACUACAGUUGA